AUGAAUGCUCUCCCGCGCCUGCCCUGGCGCCAAUCGGCCCAGAAAUGGAGCUGCUUCUUCUGCCAGCACGCCCGCCCGUCCCCGCGAAACCUGCCUUCCUCCCCCGCCGCCCGCCGCGCCGCAUCCACGACGCCCUCGCCGCGCCAGACCGGUCCCAGCUUCGGCGGCGCGCCGUCAAUGGAGCAGGUGCAUGCGCAUUACAGACGGAAAAACGCCACGACUGCGUACUACACCCUCAGCGUCAUCCUGGGCACGGUUGCGCUGUCCUACGGCUCCGUUCCUCUCUACAAGAUGAUCUGCCAAACGACAGGAUGGGGCGGCCAACCCGUCCGCGCCCACGGCCCCGACGUAGACUACAGCGAAGACGGCCUGGCCUCGCGGCUGGUGCCCGUGACCUCGGCGAAGCGCAUCCGCGUCACCUUCAACUCGUCCGUCUCGGACGUGCUUCCGUGGAAGUUCACGCCGCAGCAGCGCGAGGUGCGCGUGCUCCCCGGCGAGACGGCGCUGGCCUUCUACACGGCGACGAACACCUCGGACACGGACAUCAUCGGGGUGGCGACGUACAGUGUGACGCCGGGCCAGGUGGCGCCGUACUUUAGCAAGAUCCAGUGCUUCUGCUUCGAGGAGCAGAGGCUCAACGCCGGCGAGACGGUCGACAUGCCGGUCUUCUUCUACCUGGACCCGGACAUGGUGAAUGAUGUCAACAUGCGCGGCAUCGAGACCGUGACGCUGAACUAUACCUUCUUCAAGGCCAAGUACGACGACAACGGCAAGUUUAAGGCGCCUUCGCCCAUUUGA